UGCAGAACACCAGAUCGCAAAUACACCAUAGAAGCUGCUGAUGCCAUACGAAUUCGGAAUAAUAUUAUAGAUUUGCAUAUUGAGCCUGCAACGAUGCGUGACUAAGCCUGGCCAUUAUGACGACCCAACUGCUUGCCACGGAGCUGGCCAACCUUAUUCAGGAAAGCAAAAGAAAGAACAAUGAUUUGCGCCAAGCUGCAGAAAAGUCUCUAGAAGACUUGAAGCAGCUAGGCACAGUAACCGAGUCUACCGCUCCCGAGUUACUCUCUCAAAAGACGAACUUUGUGAACCCGUUUAUUAUUGCAUGUGGAACGAAAAAUGCCAAAUUCACGGGCAUCGCUAUCGUCUGCCUGCAAAGAUUGAUUGUUGCGAGAGCACUCCCACGAUCGAAGCUCAACCAGGUUCUUGAUGCUCUGAUGCACGCCUCCUCAGCUGGAUUAGAUGUCCAGUUGAAAAUAUUACAAGCUCUGCCAUCCCUUCUGCAGAAUUACGCACCAGAUUUGCAAGGCGAGCUCCUCGUUACAACUCUUAAUGUUUGUUUCAUACUACAGAGUAGCAAGAAUGCUAUUGUGAACAACACAUCCGCAGCUACUUUGCAGCAACUGGUUGUUGCUGUGUUUGACAAAGUUGUUGUGGAAGAUAAGAGGACAAGCGACGUACCUUUUGUUGGAGAGGCUCCUGCAGCAGAGGGGAAUAUUCAACUGCGCGUUGCAGCCUUGGAUGCUUAUAGGAUAUUUAACGACCUCUGCCUGCUUACCGAGAACCAACGACCGGAAUAUAUCCGUUUCUCUGGCCUAUCACAGACCUUUGGUCUUGAGCUCAUUGAAUCGGUAAUAACAAAUCAUAGCGCCGUUCUCACUGCACACCCUGAGCAAAUACACAUCAUGAGGAUGCGAGUAAUGCCUCUUAUUAUGAGCGCUUUAAAGGGCAAACCAUCAUUUUCGACUUCGGUCCGCUUGGUUCGCAUUCUCUACACCGUUCUACGAAAGCACUUAGUGCUCCUACCAACAGAGUGUAGCGAUGCUCUCGAUACCUUGACUCAGCUCCUUGACCAAGAGUCAACUGUUUGGAAACGCGCUCUCUGCAUGGAAGUUUUUCGAGGAAUCUUUGCUGAACAUAGCCUUGUGAGACUCAUAUACGCCAUGUAUGAUUCACGAGCUGGGCAAAGAGACAUUCUUAAAACGUUGACUGCAACAUUUGUGCGCAUAAGUACAGAAAAGCCGGCUGUGAUAGGUCUUGGCCACCAGUCUUCUGUUCCCGUGGCUGAUCCCCAAGGUGGCUCUGGGAACCCUACAGACCAUAGCCUUCUGGAUGCCGGAGGUAUGGCUGGCAUGAUCGGCGGCUCUGUUGGACCAGAGGCUUCAAAUAUAGGCAUUAGUGUCCAAUGGAGUCAAAUCCGUAUCCCAUGUAUUGACCAGCUGGACAAGACGGAGCCACCAGCGAUCCCAGAAUCUUACAUCUACAGCCUGAUUUUGGCCUGUCUUUCGUCAUUGUCAGAUGGCCUAGCCAAGUUUGUUCUCCCUCUUACGGUUCCAACAGAAACCAAAUCACAAAAACGAGUGCCUAGUCGAAGUGACACGGAAGACGCUUCUUCGCCAAGGCCGGUACACCUGGAAGCUGAGCCUACACCACCACGUGGCCGACCCGAGAGAUCCAGUUCCUUUAAGAAGAAUCCUAUUCCGUUAAAUCCUCUCGAUCUCAAGGACCAUGCGCUUUAUAACGAAAUUAAGACUUGCGCAGAUAUUGUUGACGAGUGUUGGCCAGCUAUUCUUGCCACGUGUUCGACGUUCCUAUUUGCUGCUCUAGACUCAGACUACUACCACGGACUUGUAAGAGCAUUUCAGCGAUUUGCUCAUGUCGCGGGAUUACUGCAACUCUCAACUCCGCGAGAUGCAUUCUUGACGACCUUGGGCAAAUCGGCUGUCCCCCCCAAUGUACUCACAGCCUGCCUGGCAGCCGGGGGAGUCCGACCCCAGACCCCAAAUACAAUGCCCGAAACUCCGAACAGCAUUCUAUCAAAUCCUAAAGGUUUGUUGAGUGUUGAGUCUGUCGGUCCACUGUCCCCAGGGGGUGACAAGAUGAGGCAGACAGGGAACGAAACAGGCCCAGUAUCCUUAAACACCAGAAACCUCCUUUGCCUCCGAGCCCUGCUCAACUUGGGAAUAGCACUUGGCCCAACAUUGGAGUCAGCAUGGAGUAUUGUUCUUGAGACGUUACAGCAGGCGGACUUGGUACUAUUUACCAGCGGGAAGACAGCAGGGCGCACACCAGCUGCUGGUCGUGGUAAUGAACAGGCUACAGAAGGCGAUGCCAACAUUCUCAUGGCCAACUUCGCCAAUGAGGUACGGUCUGUUGAAGUGGCAGCCUCGCGAUUGAUUGAGAGCACCAUUGACUUCCCUAAUGUAUCCUUUGUUCAAAUUCUCAAUGCAAUGUGCGGUCUUCUGGAGGCCCAACAGCCUAACCAGCCAGAGGCGAAACCUGAGAAGGAUGUAUCGCGAGCUACAUCUCCUUCAAGCCCUAGAACCCAUCGCCGUGUUUUGAGCUUCUCGGCCCCAACUAGCGCCACGUCAAACCAAGAGCAGCUAUUUGCCCUUGCUAAGAUUGGAGAAAUUAUUGCUGCCAAUAUGGAACGAAUGCUUGAGUUCCCACCGGAGACCUCAGGCUGGGAUAUCGCGACGACGCAGCUUAUAACAACUCUGAGUUCGUCGUCUACAAAUGCACCCGUUCGAAUUAAGGCUGCAGAAGUUACCGCCAGAUUUAUUCUUGAGGCUGCUACCUCAGCUGCGGCUUUGGAAGACGCUCAACGCGGGCCAAUUCAGCUGCGACUCUUAGGCGCCCUACGUGAGGCGUUGCUUCCCAUCCAUGCCACCAAUCGCAGCGCAUCAUCAGUCUCUCUUACCACUGAACUGGAGAUUCAUCGCAUAGCCUUAGAAGGGCUACGAGGAAUUCUCGAGCAAUGCGGAGAGAGUCUUAUCGAGGGCUGGGACAUUGCUUUCGAAAUCAUUGGAACGGUCUUCAUAUCCAAGCAGUCGGAUGAGGCUACCCGUGGGGUUUCAGCUACACUAUUAGCAUCCCGGUCAUCGAAACUAGUAAGAUCAGCGUUUGGAUCUCUGCAGCUGAUUUGCUCCGACUUCCUAUCAGCAUUACCAAAUUCAUGCUUUCUUAUCCUCGUCGACACCUUAUACAAGUUCAGCUCACAGGAUGAAGAUUUGAAUAUCGCUUUGACUACCGUGACCUUCUUUUGGGUCCUGUCGGACUUUUUGUCGAGCAAAUCCAAGUCGUUACCUAUUGCGGGAGCCGAAAUGGAAAAGGCAGAUGUUUCCAAAUUGACUCAACUGGCCGCGGACAGCUCUGCAGAGAGUUCGUCAGGCGCGCUGUGGAUGCUGCUCUUGCUAAGACUUACGGCUGUUAGCUCUGAUGAUAGACUUGAGCUUCGCAAUAGCGCUAUACAGACCCUUCUUCGGAUCUUCGAUGCAUACGGUACUCGGCUUAGCCCCGAGGCAUGGUCAAUAUGCAUCAAGUCUGUUGUAUUUAAGCUUCUUAACUCUAUCCAGAAAACCCUGUUUGCCGCGGAUGAUGAUGAUGACCUCGAGGAUCAAGACCUGACUGAAUGGCACGGAACUGCCGUAGUAGUAUUGGAAGGAGUCUCGUCUCUACUAUCCAAUUAUAUCGACGUUCUUACGACACAUGCAACUUUCAACGACCUUUGGAGCCAGUUACUGAACUACUUUGCGUUGCUACUGGACCUCCACGUCCUGGACAUCAAUACCGCCACAUUCAAAGCUCUGAGCCUUAUUCUGUCACAAGACUCUGAAAGCGAUUCUUCAGAGUUCAGCUCCGUUGCUAUUAUCGCUUCCUGGGACCUAUGGUCUCGCGGAAUACCUAUUUCGGAUGUCUCUAUGACGAAGAAUGGCGAUAACCAAGAAUCCUUAUUGGCAUACUUAAGAGCACUGAACCAAGUCUACCGUCUUCUGCAACCAUCGUUAACGAUUGCACAGGUUCAACGCAUUUUGGAACUUGUGAAGCAAGUUGCCAUCGAGGCUUCACCAACGGGCUACGUGGCAGACAUUGAGCAUUUGACUCGCCUCCAAGCACAGCUGCUCCAAGCAGUAGGCAUGAUUCGCACCGACAUCACCGGGGUGCCGUCGAUAAUGUUGACGGAAAUUUCCAAGUUGGCUGUGCUAGCUUAUGAACAGGAGCCCGAACACCAAAGAACGACUAAAAAGACAUACGUUGCUCUAUCAAGGGAGAGCAUCAAGCUUCUGCAAACUGUUGCGUUAAAGCAUGCCGAUGACAAGGAUAUCUACAGCAGUGGCGCCAUCACUGCUGUCCUAACUUCUCUUUGCCAACCAAUAGCCAUCAAAUACGACUUCUCUAUUACCUCAAAAUCCUUAGCCACAUGGAAAGUCGCAACAUCGUCUGCUUUGGAAAUUUUGACAGCAGCACUCCCACAAUUGCUACCACUAAGCUUAGCAGACAGCUGCACACAAGAUAUUUGGGCAGUCGUCGUAAAGCUGGCUAACGGCAUCUUGAAAGCGGAUUGCGCCAAAGCUGUCACGGAGACAAACAUCAAGGAAGACGAAGACUUUGACAUGGCGGCAUUCGCAAGGCUACGAAGCCUCAUAAUACCGGGAUUGGGAUCGGAUAUGAUCUCUGACAAGACGCGCAAGUCGUAUGCAGAGAGCCUCUUCCAAACUUCAAUUAUACACACCCCUACAGCUGCUGAUGAGGCCAUCAUACGCGGUGGAAGUGAUCAAGGAUUGGCUGCGCUUUAUGACUCGAGAGUUGGCCGUACUCUAGUCGUGGCACCUACUUCGAGAGCGCGGAUGGCGUAUGUGGCGUUUGAUGAGCUGUUUGCCCUUGUAUCUGCAACAAACUCCCAAUUAGAUGGCCAGUCUAAGAAGGAUGCAGAACAUUGGACAAGUCUUGCGUGCACGGCCGCUCCUCUUGUGAUUCUUCGCUGCGCCUUGACGCUCCGUUCUUACGUCGCCGAUCAGCCGCUGCGAGGCAAGAUGCCUCAGCCUCUGAGCCAGAAGAAGGAGCUGCUCUGGGUUUUGAAGAGGCUUGUGGAGCUAAAGAGCGCCAACGAAGCCAUUCCCGAGCUUCAGGGUGCGCAAAGUGAUAGCAGGAAGCAUCUGUUGCGUUUAUACCCGCUUCUUGUACGGGCAUUAGCCGUCGGAGGCGAUGAGAAGGUAGAGCGAUUGCUUCGGGAAGCCUUGGAUGUUAUUGGUAAUGAGUUGGGAGUGGUAUGAGAGAGCUGCCACCGUACAUAUAUAUAUAUGAUGAUUCAUAAAUACAAAUAAAUUAUUGGUAAUAGCUGGCGAUUGUCCAUUCUCCGAGACGGUUGUCACCCUGCGCUGGGUGCUGUACGGUAGGUGUCUGACUCGACGGACUUGACGCAGGCGACUCUGUAAAUAAAUAUGGGCUAUAUGUUAAGAUUUAGACAAAGUCUGGAAGGUCUUAGAUAUCAAUAUAAGACCCGGAACUUUAGUUCAUAUCAAUAUGCAAAGAUCUAAUCACAAAUCGUCGCCUGGUGUUGUAAGCCGAAUAACAAAGAGCUGAUGAUAUCCAAUAAGCUUUCCAGAGAUAAUCUUUACGCUUCGCUCUACAUGAUAAUAUAUGUAUAAUGUAGAGGUCAUGAGAGUAUUCUCUAAAUCGUUACAUCAUUUCAGGACUCUCAGAUCGUACUCCCUCCUCGGUAACAGUAGGGUUGGUGAGCUGCAUCCAGGGGUGCCGCAUGCAUUGGGCAACCAGACAGCGCGCAUCGGGGUCGACCACCAGCAUACUGUCGAUUAGAUCCAAGGCUGCAUCCGGGAUUUCGUCCCAAUAAGGUGAUGGAUAGUCGAACCUUCCGGUUCUUAUUUGCUCUCCUAAGGUAUAUGGGAAGUCUUCCCUGUGUAACUCGUCCGAGAAGGGCGGAAACCCGCAGAGGCAGAUGUAUAGAACAACCCGGCAGACCAUAUAUCUACUGCGAAGCUGUAUUGCCUGAAGUCACGGUCGGCAAGGAUUUCAGGCGCAAUAUCUAUCAUAAAAUUAGUAAAAGAAUAAGACAUGUAAAUAGAGCUAUCACACACAGCUUGGUGUGCCGCAAAGCGUGUUGGUAGUGCUUUUCAAGUCAAGCGUAUCGGGGCAGCUAUCCGUUUGCAGGCGUGUACAGAGUCCAAAGUCUGUCAGCUUUAUAUUCAAUUCUUUGUCGGCUAAAAGGAUAUUCUCAGGCUUAACAUCUCUAUGAGUCCAUCCAAAUCUAUGCUGAUGGAUGUCAGCUAACACCAAAAACUCGUUUCUUCGUUUCUUACCAGGAAAUCGAUUGCAGAAAAUAGCUGCGAAAAUAUUCGUCCAGUUUGUCAUUGGCUCAGUUUCUUUUGUGAAACUAUUAAAUUAAGAAGUUCGCCUUCAGAGACAAGCUCUUGGACUAUGGAUAUCGUAGAAUAUUCGUGAUUAAACUCCGUCGAUUCGGAAUUGAAGAAGACAUCGACUAAUCGAAUGACGCUAGGAUGUCUAUGAGUAUUGACUUCCUUCAUGGUUUCAAUUUCUUGUCGGAUACCGUGAAGUUUUGCUCCCUCAUCGACCUUCGGCGCUCGAAAGACUUUGGCGACAUAUUGUAAGUUGGUUACCUUUUGGGUGCACAAGAACACUUCGGCAAAGUGACCUUUGCCAAUUUUUUCGUAAAACAUGAUAUCGGCUCGAGAGCUUGAAAAGACACUUAGUUCUGUCAAAGAACUCUGCCAUGUCUAUUUCACGAUCGCCUUCAUCGUUCUCUGUAACGUUUGGCAGUUGCGUAAAAGGGAUCGAGUUUGCCUUUGAAGAGGCUGCUGCGCGAGUCGAUUAUAAUCAGCAGUUAGACGCCUGACUAGCUGGUGAUAGCCUCUGCGUGGUGCUGCACGUGAAGCUCGUCUUCCUGCUGGACCUUGGGGCAAUAUAGCGCCUUUGUCGGCCAAGAAGUUGGUGAUUUCUUCCAGCCCAUUACGGGCAGCAAUAGUUAAAGCUGAAUCUCCCCAAGACGUUUCUGUUUCUAUAGCAGCCCCCGCAUCAACUAACAAGCGAACAGCCUCAAUGUGUUCACUGACUACGGCGGACAUGAGAACUGUCCACCCGUACGACGUUUGAGCGCUCACGUCUAAGCCUUGAUCUAUUAAAAGGGAUAUAACAUCUAUAGUGCCUUUUCAUGCAGCCUUAUCAAGUGCAGUCUCGCCCAUGUAGUCUUUUGUGUUGGCAUCAGCCCCCAAGGCUAGAAGAGUCCUGACAUUCGCAGUAUGGCCGAAGCGCGCAGCUCGGAUUAGCGCUGUCUCGCCGUCACUACCUCUACCUUCAAUGGGAUGACUAGCCUUGAUCAUAUCUUCUAGCAGGCUUGGAAGGAAAAAGGCAGCCGUCAAAACGAGAGCUGGGACGUCCCUUGGAAAUUCCUGACGCCAAUAUUGAUGGCGUGCUAAAGAGAUACCCCACGCCUGGCUCGUCACGCUAAUGGCAAUGGGAUUGUUAACGAAGAGCUGCAUAGCGCUUAGGAUAUCGUUUGACAGAGAUUGAAGGUUCAUUGCCUCCGCUCCCCAGUGCUUUGCAGCAUAGCCAAGUAAUGCAUACUUUUGAAGACGCUCCUCCAUCUCAGCAUCCUUCAGGCAUAUCCCUGAAGCGAAUGCCGGUAGCAUCAAAUAUUUCAAGCAUGCAAGUGUGGUGACCUCCUUAGCUGUGAGAAUCUCUGGUUGACAGACUCGAUCAAAGUAUUCUCGCGCCGAAUAAUGAAUCAGGUGGACCGUCUGCGCGUCACCGUCGACAGUAAUAAGACCUCCACAUACAGCAGUCAAAAUGUCGCCAUCUGGGAGAUCGUCUUGUUCCAGAUCUUCAUCUUCCGCAAUCUCUCCAAUGGCGUACAGAUGCUGCAACUCUUGUAUGGUUAGAGGUCGGCGUACAGAUGCAAUCCAAAAUAAAACAGACUUGGCGAGUACGCUAGACUCCACAUCCUGACUCGAGAUUCUAUGAAUAGCCUCAUCGUACAUGGCGUCUAAAGUCGAAGGAAGCGCCUGGAGCGCAGUCUUUACUCCUCUGUAAAUAAACGAUUAGCACAUACAAUAUGAUAUACCAUCUACUUCGAUUUACCGGC